UAUCUGUUAUUUUUUAAAUCAUUGAUUGUUUGAAAAAAAUCAGUUAAAUAUAUCAUAUAGUUACAGUUCUGGGUAAGUGGUGAUUUCCUGGUUGAGUGGGAGAUGUUUGCUUUGUUCUGUUACACCAAAAAUGAAAUGUAAACUGGAUCUAUUAACGUGCUUUUUAAAGCUCUUUCCCAAACUGAACCCUUUGCACCCACCUUUGGGCCCUAAACGCACCGUGAGCCUGGAGACGCCUGCUGUUCACCACCACAACCACCAGAGGGCGCUGAUCAUGCAAAGAAGAGAACACCACAGGUGUCAUCAGGUGUGGAGAAAACCUUUUUAUGGAACCUCCAUUGAGAGAGAAGAGUACAGGAAGGAGAUACGGGAGCAGUUAAAGAGGCAGAUGGAGGAGAAGAGUGCAGAGCUGAAGCUGCAGCGACUCAGUGAAGCGAAGGAAUCCCAGUAUCUGAGAGAGGUGGACCACCUCGCCCUGUUCAGGGACAGGGAGAAGAAGAUCCAGCACAGCAAAGCAAUGACAGCUUACAGAGAUGAGAACAAGCGGGUACAGUCCUUCACGCACCAUGCAUUCAGUAUUAAUGCUUUCUGUGCACUAAAGUGUCCUGAAAACGCUUCCUGGACCAUGCUCUCAGGCGGCCACAAAGAGAGCAUCUGUGGUUUAUUUCUCCUUGUCUCGGUUGUGUGUGUUUUUCUACAUGCAUAGCUAAUGGAACAGAGCUGGAGGGACAGAGCGCUAACACGUUCCCAGGAGGCCCUGAAGGAGCGAGAGCUGCUGCGCCUCAACCCCAUUAACUGGAGUGGAACGCUGAAAUAGUCCGGGCCUCUUAAAGAAGUCCCAGCCUGAGAUGCAGGCCUCUCGCGAGCAGGGAGGAGAUGACAAAACAUCAUACAGCUGAGUCCUGCACAAGCCCAGAGAUCAGAGGUGAUAAAACAAGAUCUAUACAGACAUCACCACAGAUAGGAAGAGUCUAAGUUUCCAUUUUAAGGAAGACAUUUAAAAUAAAUUGUAAAAGCAACUAAAGAUAGACCUGCAAGCAUUUUUCUAUGCACUUCAAAUACAAUUUGGAAGUUUUUCCCAUCAGACUUUUCUGCAAUUUUUUUUUCUUUGGUUCCGUUUCUGUGGCAUACAGUACACAUCUUAACACAAUAACACUCAAAACCUCCUAUAAAGAACAGUACAUGUUUAUUGCAAAGCAAACUUUGGAGGAUGGUUUUACACAGAUAAGAUAUGACCGUCUGUUAGAACAACUGAAAAUCUGGACCAAUAACGCACACAGAAACAAGGAUAUUCAACACAAUAUGAUGAACGCUCACAAACAUAAAUAUUGCUUUUCAAAACCGAAAGGCAUCACCCAGAUUACAGCUGGUUUAGAGUUCAGUAGAUUACCCCCCUCUCCC